AUGUAUGAAAUCAUGUGGUAUGUUAAUGGGAAUGACAUAAGUACUACUGUUGAGGAACCGGAAAAUAGUAGCAUAUACAAGAAGUGGGAGCAGGUUAAUGUGAAGGCGGAGUUCAUACUAAAGAGGACAAUCUCCUCCGAUUUAUUUGAUCACAUUAUAAAGUGUAAAUCAGCUCACGAGAUAUGGAGAACCCUCGAUCGCUUUUUCAACAAGAAGAAUAAAGCUCGGUUGGAGAUAUUGGAGAAUAAAUUAGCUAACACCACUCAAGGUAAUCUUUCUAUCUCCGAGUAUUUUUUGAAGAUUAAGAACUUGUGUUCUGAGAUAUCUUUGUUGAAUCCGGAAGAGCUUAUUUCUGAAGCACGAAAUGAGAAGAAUAGUCAUUCGUGGAUUGAAGCCUGA